AUGGCUUUUGUGAGCCUUUUCUCCAGUCCCCCAAACCCCGUUCUUGACAAAAACAUGUCAGACUCUGAGCUGGCAGGGGAUGAAAGGGAGGAUGGUGAAUUAGAGGAUGGAGAAAUUGAUGAUGAAGGAAUUGGCAUUGAGGAUGAAGUGAAGGAUGCCAAAGAGGGGCCUGAGGAUAAAGAGAGAGAGAAAGAUAAAGAUGACAAGACCCACAGGCACUCUCGGAAGAGACACAGGAAAGAAAAACGACGGUCAAAGAGGAGGAGACGUGAGAGACCGAAACACCAUUCGCCUUCCAGUGGCUCGAGUUCAGACAGCUAUGAUUCAGACCAGGAGCACCAGGAGAGGCCAAAAAGUAAAAAGAAAUCAGUACCAUUCCGGGACUAUGAUGGCCAGUUUGCUCAGCAUGAAUCAAGCGGAGGUCAUGGAAAACCUCAGAGGUCCUCACAGCGCAAGAGCAGUGACCAGGACAAGUACAGCGACUACAGUGAAGACAAGUAUGAUUAUGAAGGAGAGGAUGAUGAUUUCUCUGAGGAGCUUUCUAAGUACAAACAGGCCAAGGAGUCCAGUUCUUCCAGCCAAACCAAAGGAGGGAAAGAACAGCUCAAGAGAUCUAACAUGAAGGGUCAGCAGAAACAACAGCAGUGUGGUGCUCAGCGCGGUCGAGGCCGUGGAGCAGUGGGUAGAGGUCGGGGUUUGCAAAACAAGAACAAGAAGCAGAAAGGCAAGACCUGGGGACGGGGACGUGGCCGAGGUGGAGAACAGGGAGGAGGCGAUGGAGUGAAAGCAGAGGGAAAAAAACAGGCCACUUUUCAGAAAAAACGUCCAAUCAUGAGUCAAGAAUUCAUUAAUCAACACACAGUUGAACACAAUGGGAGACAUAUCUGCAAGUAUUUCCUGGAAGGAAGAUGCAUCAAAGGGGACCAGUGUAAAUUUGAGCAUGAAAAUGUUGCUCUUGGUAAGAAGAAAGAGCUCUGCAAGUUCUAUGUCCAAGGAUACUGCACUAAAGGAGAAAAUUGCAUUUACAUGCACAAUGAGUAUCCAUGCAAGUUCUUUCACACUGGAGCAAAGUGUUACCAAGGAGACAACUGCAAAUUCUCACAUGACCCUUUGACUGAAGUUACUAAGGAACUCUUGGAUAAAAUCCUGAACAUGGAGGAGGAGCAUGCUCAUGAGGAUGAGCAGGAGUUAGAGGACCUGAGGAAACAGGGCAUUGCUCCUCUGCCCAAACCACCUCCUGGGGUGGGGCUCCUUCCCACACCCAGCCCCAGUAGCCCUCAGGACGGGGGGAAGAAGAUACCUUCUUUGUUUGAGAUUAAAGUACAGCCCACAGUGGACUUGGCGCAGAAGAUUGCUCUCAGGCCUAAUUUCUACAACAGCUCAUCCCCGCCUGGAGCACAGUUCCAGGGCAACGGAGGCCCUGAUCAAUUUAGUGGGGGUCCUGAGGACAUGCAGACAGGCAGUAUGAUGCCUGCCUGCCCCAAUACCACUCUUCCACCUCCUCCAGGCUCCCCUGGCUCCAUUGGUUGCCCCUGUCCACCUUUUCCUGGGCCAGGAAUGCCACAAAGUCCUCCUGGGCAGCCGCCUCCUCCUCAAGGUUUUAUUCCAGGCCACCCUAUGCCCCCUCCGUUUCCUCCGGGUCAGCGACCUCCAGGAUUCCCCAGCAAUCGGCAGAAUCUAAGUCCCCAACAGAAUCAACAGGGGGCACCAUUCUCUGCAAUGCCAGGGAUGGAGAUGCAGAUGAACAUGCCCUUCCAACCCAUGGGACAGAUGCCCUCAGAGUUCUUCAAGAAUUUGUUCAGCAGUCAGUCCCUGGGUCUGACAGAGGAAGGCCAGUCAUCAGGCUCCAUGCUGGACCCCCAGCAGCAGCAGCUGCAGCAGGGAAGUUCUGAGUCACACAGUGGCAUGCAGGACUUCCUGCCUGCCAUGCAGAAAGCUCUAUUUUUACACCUGAACCAGAGCCAGCAGGAUCCUUCCGUCUCUCAUAGGGCCGAAGGGCAGGGAGGUCGGACUGCCGACAUAGAUAGAGAUGAAACCACAAACUGGUAUUCCAGUGAUGAUGAAGACAGUAGCAGUGUGACAGCUAUCCUAAAGUCUCUGAAGAAGCAGAAUGAGAUGAUCCAGAGUCAACAACCUCAACCUAAACCUCAACAGCCUGGUUCUGCCACAGCACCUCCUGCCCUCAGUGAUCCGAGACUCCAGAAAGCUCAACCUUCUAGCCCACGGGUGAAGGUUGAUCCUCGGCAGCGUCCCUCAGAUCCCAGGAAAGAAGCGGAAACAGUUUCAGACCCCAGGCUGUCCAGAGAUCCUCGCAAGACAAAGCCUCCAGAUUCUAACCCUUCUAAAGGUGACCCACAUCGCCACUCGCACUCAAACCCUACCGUCUCUCAGAAACUUCCGGCUGGGGAGGAGGAUGAAGAAGGUGAGAGGGAACUGAGGGAGAGGGCUGCCCUGAUCCCCUUGGAUCCCAGCCCUGGAGCUGUGCUACGAGACCCUCGCUGCCAGUUCAAGCAGUUUAGCCACAUCCGUGUGGACAUCUUACUCCAGCGACCUGCAUUUGCUCAAGCUGUAGUUUGGGCUCCUGAAGAUCUUAUUCCUUUACUGGUUCCCAAACAGGAGUCUUCUAUUAACCUGCCUCUGCCCCCUCUCAUUGCUGAUGCUCAGUUAAACCGCAGCCUGUCCUCCCCUCCCGACCACCCCUCUACAUCCACCCCAGACCCACGUCUUACUACUGCUCGCCUCAAGGAAACUACUGGACGGUUAGGCACCCUCCCCAGCAGGACUCUGGAGCCUAAACACACCCAGGAGAAACCUCUAGAUCCACGCAGUCACAAAGCUCUGGAUCCCCGGAUCAGUCGCUCCAGUAGUUUGGACUCCAAGCUCCCUGGGUUGAGGGAGUCAUCAGCUUCAGGUGGUGCAGUGGUGGACCCAAGACUACAGAGAUCGAGUGCAGGGGCUUCCACCCAGGCUGCAGCUGGAGCCAAGCCUGAAUCUGAAAAACUUCCCCCUUAUGCACCUCGCCUGUCUUCCUCAGGCGCAGGACUAGAGAGCCCCACCACACUACUGGGGGGCAUCAGCUUGUAUGACCCCAGGAACCAGACCCUACUCUCCCCUAAACGUGAGGGUGCAGAGUCCCCAAAAAAGCCAGGUAUCCUCAAGCAACCCAGUAAGCGGGAGAACACUCCUCCACCUCAGCUCUCACCCACACAGUCAACAGGGACAGGGCAGGACAGCAAAAGCACUGACCACUCCUCAGAUGGACACACAGGCAGCUGCCAGUCAAAUCCCCCUCUACCCACAGUGACAUUAGCACCACCCUGCUCACCUGUGAAGGUGGCUGCACCCGCUGUACACAACCUACCCAUCCAGGCCUUGGCGGGUUUGAUACGGCCACCUUACGCUGACCCGCGCCAGGUGAAACCAUCCGGACAGGUGACAGGGACUCUUCAGGAAGAGGGGGAUGAAAAAGAAGAGGACAAGGAUGACAUACCACUGAGAGAUGUGUUUAAGACAUUUGAUCCCACUGCCUCCCCCUUUUGUCAAUAAAACCCACCAGUGAUAUUCAAGCUAAACAUUUCUCCUUAAACAUUCUCCUUGUACACCUCUGUGACUUUGUUGAGCUUUUUGGGAUUUAUUUAUAUUUGUUUGUGUAUAUAACCUCUCUAAUGUCACAUUGUCAGCAGAUAAUAGAGUGAAUUUGAUUCCUUUGGCUUCACUUCAUGUGCAUCUGUGGUAUCGUGAAUUUAUGACUCUCCACAGCUAGUACUGGAACAUUUCCAUUAUGUUCAUGGUGCAGUGCUGCCAUAGGGUUGUGGCAACAUUGUGAUUCACAUAUUGAGUAGGCAGAAAACUUGGCUGAUUUCCAGCUCUAUGAACUAUGUAGUAAUAUGAUGGGUUUAGUGCGUGCAGUUGUCCUUCUGUUUCAAAGGGAUGUAAA